AUUCACUCUUGCAACUUGCAUUAGAUUAUUCGAAAAAUGCUGGAAAACCUGCGCCGGAUUUUGUACAUUCUCUGUGAGCUCAGCAUGAUUGAGUACUGCACAUCGUGUCAUGGAAUUCAAUAUCCAUUUGUUUGUAAUUUGUGUAUAUGCAUAUUUUUUGUCACCGGUGUUUGGAGUUAAGGUGACAAAAUGCUUUGGGUGGAAACAAUCUCGGAUCGUAAGGGAAGUCAUUUCGUCAGCUGCUUCUCCGACAUGCCUCGCAAUGGAAAGUGUACGCGGGAGUUAUAGUGGUUUUUACACACGAGUUGGCAGUCUUUUCCUCCUUUUCUCUCUCGAAGAGAAACCGUCACCCCAGGUCCCGCCAAGUGGGCUCUUACUACGCCUCCACUGAGGAUGGGACCCAUUGCAAGCAACUCCAAAUUAGGUGCACUAGAUUACGAACUUUUUCUCUGAUCCUGAAUGAAUCAGAAGUAACGUGAGCAACAUCUGUCAAGAGGGAGUACAAAGUUUCACGAUGACUCACCGAAAUAAUGACUAGAUACAGGGAGAAUGUUCAAAAGCAUUUAACCAAACACUCCCCGAGAGCUUGUAGGUAUCACAUGGCUGGACGAGACUUCGGUGUGAAUUGUCUCAGGUGGUGUGUAUAUAAAUUGUUGAAAUCCAUCACACUCUGUACUGUGGUAUAUGAUAGAGCGUUUAGAAUUGUGUGCAGUUUUGAUUGCGACAUGGUGAAGAAUUUGAAGUCGUGCAGGAUUGUGAGGUGAAGGUUUUGGUUUCGAUCCGAGAGCUGGAUUUGAGAACUGCAUCAGAUCCUAACUUGAAGAAAUCGGACCAGGAUCUCUGUUGCUCUUAGAAUGGCUGCCUCCCGCAACACGAUUUAUUUGCAGUCUCCGUGUGGAAUCGCGGCCUUCCCGUCUGCUAUGUCUCUGUUGAAGCCUGAUGGGAGGCUUGUUGGCACCUUAGCUCGGAUGUCCAUGGUCACUCGGACAAGAUCAGUACAUACUGUGCCCUUGCAAAGAGCUACAAUUGUCCACCACAGUCUUCAACUUGCCGACAUCUCUACGAAUCUCAAGCCUAAACGCCGAUCAAGUGAGAGGCAAAGGCGAGAGAACUCAGUUCAAGCGACUUUUGACGCAGAUCUCUCUGACCAGGUAUCGGGUCAUGGGAAAGAUCUGAAGCCUCUGCAAGUAGGUCUGGCUGGAGCAUGUUUAGUGGCUCUUGACAAAGGGACUGCGCUGGCCCUUACCCGCUCGGAGGCACUGCCCGCUGUCUUGCGAAACUUGCCAAGUUCAACCGUGUGUAUGAUACUCGUGGCGGCUGCACUUACCGCCAUCAGUCGGGCCGAUCAAAGCACUGCCAAAAGAAUAACAAGUUUUUUCGAACCUGCAGUGGAAAUAAUCCAGCGAUGGAUGCCUCUCUUCUAUACCCCUGCUCUUGUUAUGCUGUCGGUGGUCGGGCAGAGAAUCGUCGUAGAAGAGGGAGUGCGACUUCUUGUCUUGGUCGCGGGAGGCUGGGUAGUGACUCUCGGAGCAGUGGCAUUGAUCGCCGGGCUUGUGAAGGCAGGAGUUCAAGCAGAGGUUGGAGACGCCCCGAACAUGUCACCUGCGGCCCCAUAUAGUAUUUGGGAGGUCUUGACUUGGGCAGGAGUUGGAGCUGCAAGUGGACUUGUGGCGUAUCUCGCACCAAAUGCUUUUGGGUUGCAUCAAGCAACAGUAGCGGCUCCUUUCUUCAUUUGUGCCACUGUUGUAGGGUUUCUACUCGGAACUCAGGUGCCCAAACCUCUCAAGAAAUUCUUACACCCUGUUAUCACCGCAACUGUCUUCGUGAAUGUGAUCACAUUUCUCGCUGGGACAUUCAUGAAUCGAAGUUUCGAAACCAUGCUUGGAUUAUACGUGACCAAGAGUAUGCAGACCCCAGGCGGUGGAGACAUAUUAAUGGCAUUGUUAGGUCCUCUGACCCUCACAUACGGUUUCACCCUGUUUCGUCAGCGCUCUAUUCUUCGACACCACGCUACUGAACUUGGGGUAGUGGUGCCACUAGCGGCCAUCUUCUCCAUCCUGACCACUGUAAUUGCGGGACGUCAACUAGGUCUUCAAGAAUUUCUCACACGCUCAGUCGCAGCUCGGAGUACCUCCUUGGCAUUCGCGAUUCCAGUUACAAAAGCGAUUGGAGGGGAUGAGUCGAUCGCUGCGACUGCUGCCAUUGUAACUGGGCUUCUAGGAGCCAACUUGUCAUUGCGGCUGCUUUCAACAUUGAAGGUUCAGAACAAUGUGGCUCGUGCCCUUGCGACGGCCUGCAGCGCGCACGGGUUUGGAUCAGCGGCGCUAGCAUCUGGAGACGCCGACCUCAUGCCAUUCUGUCUGGUCACCUACAUUCUCAUGGGCGCAGUUUCUUCACUAGCAGUCAGCAUACCAGUCAUCCGAUCCUCUCUCCUGCUUUUGUAAUCUCUCACAUCGCCCAACCAAGUAAACUAUACCUGGUUUUUUCGCUCCGGUAUGAAAACAAGCACAAAACACACUAGCAAUGGAGAACACUCUAACUUUAACCAGACCAGAAUGUGCCGCAAGUUCAUGAAGAAGCUGCUCCAGCUGAGGAUCGGCAUCAGCAAAACGGUGAGUUUGAAUCUUACAAAAGCUAUCAGAGGAGCAACACCCUGUCUUUAAUUGUAGUCAUAGAGAACCUGUUUAGAAUAAGAAUCACUCCACCGUGGAUUGGUGUGUUGGUGUUUCGGCGUGGGUGCUUCGUGUGUUUGCAGUUGUGCAACACAUCGCCACCUUGGUUGUAUAAUAGUCUCACAUAGUUUGGUUGGUGAUGUGACAAGAAUCAGAGUCUUUUGAAAGCCAUCGUUGUAAGUCUACUUCUGUUAAAAAAUAAAGCCUGUAACAAAGUUGUCUGGAUGUUCAUUAUAUUAUUCAAA